UACUCCGAUGCCGGUGAAAGCGGGCGCUGUGGAGCAGUACAAGCGUGCGUUUGCCCGUCAGAGAGCCAGAGACCUGGCACAGCACGCAGACACACUACUGUGUAAAGACAAACAGAUUGCAGCGCUGCAGCAGGAGUGCAGACAGCUGGAGACACGGCCGGGACAGGGGAAGGGUCCUGUGGCAGUCAGUGAGUUUGAGCGUCUCCUGAAGGAGUCUCAGAAGGAGGUGUUGCGUCUGCAGAGGCAGCUGUCUGUCACCUCCACCAGAGACCAGAGCAGUGUGACGGCACAAAACCCUUCAGAGAAUCAGGACCGAGACAGCAGGGUUGCGUUUGAAACCCCGCCCACAGUAGUAGAUGAGGCCCCUGUUAAGGGGGAGGAGACUCCUGCAGAGGGGGAGGAGUCAGAGACGCAAGUGAAGCACGAGCAGGGCACAGGCUCCACCCACCAGGAAGAGCAGACCACAGAAGAGCAUCUUCAGUUGCUGGAAAGUGAGUUGGGCGAGAAGAGGAAAGAAUGUGAAGUUCUUGAGCAUGAGGUGCGGAAGAGACAGAAACGAUGUCUUGAUUUGGAGAACCAGCUAGUGGACAAGCACAGCAGAAAUGAGCACUUAGUGGAGGAGGCAGAACUCCUCAGGAGAAAGGCUCAGCUGCUCGACCAGGUCAGUGUAAACUCUGUGUUUCUGUAGUCGCAGGCUGAAAAUGAGGAGCUAAAGGAACAGCUCUGUGA